CUGGCCUCUGCGUCCUCUGUUUCUUCUCCCCUGACUCUCCCCCGCCAUGUAGAGCCGUACGGUCGCGCUCGCCCCAAUCCCCAAAGACAAAGUCCCGUACGAGUGCGAAUCCUGCAGUCUGUUGUCGACGGAUUCUUGAGCGGGCCGCUCAAACGCGCUCUUGGACGGCCUCCUCGCGUCGCCGCAGAAAAAACAACCCCGACCGACUCCUCGCCCCCGACUACCACAACUCCAACUCCAACUGCAAUUACAACUACGUGUACUGCUGCUCUGAUUAUCUUCGAGCCUCGCCCUCCACUGCACUUCGUAUCCAUGCCCGCUACACCAGGGGCUAGCCCGGCAACGACGAUUACGACGACCACGACCACGACCCCUACCCCCAGCGUCUCGCUCAAGUCGCUCACAAAGAAGUUUUCAGCACCGCAGCUCUCGCGGUCCUCGUCUGCGAGCUCGCUGAAAACUACCCCUCCUUCUGCAUCGACCUCUCAAUCCCUGACGCCCACUCCUCGCCGCCUGAAAGCUUCGCCAUCACCCACAGCACAAAAGAUAAGCAAAAAGGAUACAGAUCAAGACGAGUCCGCCCGAGCCUCCAUCUUCCGUCGUCUCUCCCCCGGUCUGGCCGCGAGAUUGAAGCUGCUGAACGGGUCGAGCGAGCAGCUCGUUCACGCUGCUCCAGGGCCAGGACCAGGACCCAAAGGCGUAGGCCGCAUUCCGGAAGACAAGCUACAGGAAUUGGACAGCCUGCAUCGUGACCUGUCGAUAAAGGUUGAGAGACGAGGACGGAUUUGGGGUGGCGCACAGAUUAAGCGAGAACGGAGUGCGCCGGAUUUGCUACAAUCACCUACCAAGACUGGAACUGGAAUUGGGACUGGAAUUGAAAUUGAGAAAGAGCUGCCGUUGCAACCUCACCCAUCCGUCUUUGAUCAGCCUGAACAGUCUGUGACGAUACACAUCGACUCUAGUCCCGAUUCUGGCCCCGAUUCUCCUGCCGCAGCUGCACCUAUGACAGCUGUCGGGGUGGCCGUCGAGCCUGCUAUGGAUCAGUCUACUGACCUCGAGGAGUAUCUCAGACGCUCCACCCAAGACCAGGAUCAGGCGCCUGCUCCUCCCCCAAAAGAUACCCCGCCUGCUCCCUCGACACCAUCAUCAAACGUCCAGUCAUAUUUCAGCCCGCUAGGCUUGAACCGUACCGAGUCGAUAUUCUCCUUCUCUCGAGCGUCGUUUAGUAGCCAGCUCUCUCAGCUCACGUCAAUUAACCUGCCACAACCAACUGCCCUGGAAUCGAGUAUUUCGUCCAUAAUCAACGCCCCCGCUGCCGUCAGGGCAUUGAUUGGCGCCGCCGAGCAGAUUCAGAAAUGGAUGAACAAGGCUUCAGAGGUGUUGAAUGGGAUGGAAGCAGAGGAUGAUGUGGAAUGGGCGGCAGCUGGCGGCCGCGAGGGCUUGGACGAUGUAGACAAGGCUGUCAUCACGUUCGAGAGUCUGGUGGAUGUUUAUGUCAAGGCGAUUGAAAAUGUCCAGCUACGAGACGACAUUGACGACGUCCGCAAGGAAGAUUUGACCUUGAUCGUCGCACAGAUGGAAUCGACGUUGAAGAACUGGGCUAAUAUUCGACAUGCUCUUCAAGGCGUCAAGGAGCAAGUCGAGCUCGCCAUGGAAUGGGAAGAGCUCUGGAAUAAUGUGCUUGGGGAUGUUGGGCUCGAACUCGAUAAUCUCAGCAGGCUGAUUUUUGAAAUGGAGGAAGGCCGACACAAGUCUCUUGUAGAUCCAGAGACGGAACAGGGGAAUGGGUUGGAUAUUAAUGAGCUGGAAACGAUCGUUGAAGAGUCGCCGUCGCAUGGCACCCCUUCGUCAUCCAAAAGACUAAGUCUUGCUCUAUUUCCUAGUUCUGCGCCUCAGGCCGCGGCUGGAAGCAGCAAUCCACAUGAUGAUGCGAAUCUGAUGCAGCUAUUUGCACGUAUGCAGCCACUAAGGGCGUCGUUGGAUUUUCUUCCAAUGCGAUUGUCCAUGUUCCAAGCUCGGGCAGAAAGAAUGUUCCCUACGGCUUGUCAGGAAUUAGACGAUAAACGAAAGCGGCUGGAAACAAGCUACAAGAAGCUGGAAGGCGAUGCCGAGGCGCUGCGACGUGAACUCGGCGAGGAUCGCUGGAUCCUGGUCUUUCGAAACGCGGGCAAACAGGCGCAAAAGAUGUGCGAUUCUGUUGAGCGCAGUAUAAGCAAGCUGCAGGAAUCGCUGGAAGCCAACGACCCGGUGAACAAUCCGACUGCCAUUACUAAAAAAAUCGAGAGCUACGAGGCCAAGAAAAUCCACUACAUCCCGGCCAUCGGCAGAGUCAUGUCGAUUAUCCAAAAGGGCGUCAACGACCGACUGACUGUCAACGGCGAGGUCCUCACCUUGCUGUCUGACAUGCAGCAGCGCGUUGAUGCGCUCAAGACGAGCAUGAAGGUGAUGGACUCGAUCCUCGAGGAAACCACCAUCUCGAAAAGCCAGCAACUGCGCGACUCGAUAUCGAGCAUCAUCACGGACAGCCCUGCCAACACCAGUCUGAUCGGUACUCCUGGCAGCUCGCCGGCCUCGUCUGUGAUCAUGAUGACCAACGGUAGUCUCCGAACGCCCAACGCUGGUGGUUCUGGUUCCAGCAGACGCGGCAGCUCUGUGGGAAGUGCAUCUCGCUCUGUUACAGGCAGACGACUAUCCGGCAUCCCAACAUCCUCACAACGGAAAUCGUCCGCUCCAUUAUCUUACAACUCGCCCACCUCUUCCACUCUCACGCCCAGCCCUGCACCCCGAGUCCGCCGCCCAUCGACCAACACAGCCGCCUCGAACAAGCCGCGAUGGAACAGCAGCACCAACACCAACGACCUCGAUACGGGCCACAACUUCCAGCCGCUCUCCGUCACAUCGCCGUCCGCGUACGCCAAAAACCGCAACUCGCGGUCCAUCUCCUCUUCCCUCCCGAUCCCCAGUCCGCUGAGCCGCGCAACCUCUUCUUCGCCUGUCCCCCGCACCGCCAGCCGUGUUGGCAGCCGUCUCGGCUUGCGUCCGAGCAGUCGCCUCGGCGCGGCAUCACCAACUUCACCUCUCACCCCCAUCCCGUCCGGUACAGCAAGCAAAAUACGAUCAUCCACCAACAUACCAACCGGCCUCCGCAACCGCCAAAGCUACGCCGGCACCACCAGACCUUACGAUGACAGCCCAUCAAAAGCGACCAGACCCGGCACAGCGCUCGGCAUGGGCACAUCGAGCCGGCGAAUUAGUCUUCUUCCACAACCACGCAGCAGUAAAACCGGCCGCGACAGCGCGGCGGGGAAUAGGAGUUCGUCGAGAAUGGACGACCGGCCGCGUUGGCGAUGACCUUGCUUUUUUUUUCUUUAUUUUUUGAAAUUUAAUUUUUGUGUUCGCUCGUUUUUUUUUCUUUCUAUCUGUUGUAAUAGUGUCCCUUUCAUACAUCUAUUCUGUCGGAACUGUCAGACUGGCCUGAUACUAUUCUAUUGUACUCUUCCAUUUGUUGGCAGUGCGCUGUCUUGUACAUAUUCUAUUCAAUACCAAUACCAAUACCAAUACUACUCUACCUUCUAUCAA